AUGGAUGAGCAGGACCAGUACGAGUCGGUGGGACUGGAUGACUCGCUUGAGGACGAGAGAGAUUUGGAUCAGAUCAUGCAGGACUGUAGGGCUGCCGACUUGGAGCUCGACGCUCGCGAGGUUCGCGUCACUGGACGCAAGCUUCCUGAGCUUCUCCACGUUGUGCAAACUACACGUGGUUGGUGUGCUCAGCAAACGGUGGUCCUCCAGGUUACCAUGGAUGGGCAGAGGUGUUGUUUCCGCAUUAUGAAAGGCGACCAUGCUCGCAAAAAAGCCAUGAGGAUUGCCGUUGGCCUUUCAGGAGUGGAAGCAGCAACUAUAAAAGGGCAAGACAAGGACCAAAUAGAGGUAAAAGGCGAGGGGAUCGAUACCGUUAAACUUGCAACGUUACUAAGGAAGAAAGUAGGGCAUGCAAGCAUAGUAAGCGUUGCGGAAGAGAAGAAAGAAGAAAAGGAAGAUGAGAAAAAAGAUGAACUGAAGAUACAGUACAUGGUUGGGCCUCCUAGUUGCACAUACUAUGAGAUUCCCAGAUAUGACACACCUUCUUGCUCCAUAAUGUAAUUUUGUACCAACCAUCAGCAAAAGUAACCACAAAGAGGGAGACACUUGAAGGGUUAAACUAUACAUCUUCUGGUCUUCAUGAUGAAUUCCUCUAAUGGAUAAUUUUCCAUUUAGAAAAGAUAAAAAAUUUUCUUAAUACCCAAAAAUCAAAGUCCUCAAUGCUUCAUGAGGUGAUGGAGAUGCAUAUUCUACUUUAAAAUUAGGGCUUGGUUUCAUUAUACUUUGUUGAUGUUAUUUUUCUCUCCUCAUAGAGAACUUCAAAUAAGUAUGGUUUUAGUUGUUUCCCGUUUGACAACAAGGACAAUUUAGCCACACUAGAAAUUGUAAGUCAAUUGUUGUUGGUAUUUGUAUUGCAAGUUGUUAAGAAUGAA